AUGACGCGCCUCGCUGCCGCAUUGCUCAUCUUCUUGCUAGGCCUCGCCUGCGCACAUCCACUGCCAAGGCAGGACUCUAAUUCGCCACCAAGAGACUCGGCGCUGGUCGCUCGAAGUGUCUUUAGCAAGCUCGUCGACUACUUUAAGCCGAGGACUCCUUUCAAAUCCACCAUACCACAAUACUCGUCCACAAAGCGGACGAGGGGCGAUUUCGACGCGCUGAACAAAUCGCAGAGGAUGGAUCAAGUGUCGCAAUAUCCCUCCUUCUGGAGACCGGCGCCAGGGACCAAGAAAACGUCUUCUCGGUACACAAAGAGCUACUCUGCGCCGACCGUAUUUCCACUGGUCAGACCGCCAGCGGGCAAGUUCUGA